AUGGAUUGCAAGCCCCAAACAUUCAGUGGAGCUGAAGGUCCCGUGGGACUGCUCCGUUGGUUCGAGAAAGCCGAGUCCGUUUUUGCUAUGUGUAACUGUCCAGAGGGGGACAGGGUGAAGUUUGCUUCUGGCACCUUGGAGGAAGGUGCUUUGACUUGGUGGAAUGCUCAUGUGCAGAUGCUGGGCAUCGAAAUGGCAAAUGCAACCACUUGGGAUGAUUUCAAAGAGCCGAUUCGGGAGGAGAACUGCCCUCGGGAUGAAAUUCAAAAGUUGGAAAACGAGUACUAUAACCUGAAGAUGGAAGGAUCCGAGAUCGAGGCCUAUACGAAACGAUCUCUCGAGCUGGAAAACAUGUGUCCUAAUUUAUCUCGACCAACACCUCGCAGGAUCGAGCUCUACAUUAAGGGAUUGGCACCAUCAGCUAAGGGGUUAGUCACUGCAGCAAAUCUCAAGGACCUGCCCCGGACUAUCAGAUUGGCUCACAAGAUUACUGAUCAGGAGGUGGAGCGUGGCUCGCUGCCACCCCGUAUUGCUGCUACUACCACUGCUACUACAGUUACCACCACCACCACAGAUAACAAGCGUAAGUGGAACGACACAGAUAAGACAACAAACUCGAAUCAAUCGUAG